ACGCGCCAACAAUCUCCAUGCGCUUCCUUUGGCCAAAAAGGAAGCGCAUGGAGAUAAAUUACGCCUCCUCCAGCUCCCAAAACCUCGUUCUUGCUGCAGCGGACUGUUCUCCUCCUCCUCCUUCUUCUUCCAGCUCGAUGGCCACGACUCGGCCUGUUAAGAUUAUUCCCUUGCAACAUCCAUCGGACACGGCGUCGUAUUCCUCGUCUUCUUCUUAUACGAAACAGUCUGCGGUCAACUCGGUUGUGGAGAAAUGGAAGACGAAGGUGAAGCGGAUGACGUGGACGGAGUGGAUCGAGACGUUCCUUCCUUGUUACCGUUGGAUUCGAACCUACAAAUGGCGCGAAUAUUUGCAAAUCGAUCUCAUGGCUGGCCUCACCGUCGGCAUCAUGCUCGUUCCUCAGUCAAUGUCUUAUGCAAAGCUUGCCGGGCUUCAGCCGAUAUAUGGACUUUUGGGAAGGAAGAUCCCCCUUUCAAAUAAAUUGCAAUGACAUGUGGCAGUAUUACCACCACAGACACUGGUUUCGUGCCUAUAUUUGUAUAUGCUAUAUUCGGAUCGUCGCGCCAGCUUGCUAUUGGCCCAGUUGCAUUAGUUUCCCUUCUGGUUUCAAAUGUCUUGGGUCGCAUAGUGGACUCCUCAGAGGAGUUAUACACAGAGCUUGCCAUAUUGCUGGCACUAAUGGUUGGUAUAUUGGAAUGCAUAAUGGGUCUCUUAAGACUUGGAUGGCUAAUUCGUUUCAUCAGUCACUCUGUGAUUUCUGGUUUUACAACUGCUUCGGCCUUUGUUAUUGCCCUGUCUCAAGUGAAAUACUUUUUGGGAUACGACAUAGAACGUAGUAGCAAAAUUAUUCCGCUGGUUAAAAGUAUAAUUGCAGGAGCAGAUAAGUUUUUGUGGCCACCAUUUGUGAUGGGCUCGGUCAUGCUUGCAAUUUUGCUGAUCAUGAAGGCAAUGGGGAAAAGAAAGCACUUGAGAUUUCUGCGAGCUGCUGGUCCUCUUACCGCUGUAGUUCUUGGUACAACCUUUGUGAAAAUCUAUCACCCAUCUUCAAUUUCAUUGGUUGGUGACAUACCUCAAGGGCUGCCAAAGUUCUCCAUUCCCAAGGAAUUUGGGCAUGUUACAUCACUAAUUCCUACUGCCAUUCUAAUUACUGGUGUGGCUAUUUUGGAAUCUGUGGGGAUAGCCAAAGCUCUGGCGGCGAAGAAUGGAUAUGAAUUAGAUUCAAAUCAAGAGUUGUUUGGACUCGGUGUGGCCAAUAUUGUUGGUUCAUUCUUCUCUAUAUACCCAACAACAGGUUCAUUUUCUAGAUCUGCUGUAAAUCAUGAAAGUGGAGCAAAAACUGGCUUAUCUGGCAUAGUGAUGGGUAUAAUAAUGGGAUGUGCUCUUCUAUUCAUGACUCCACUAUUCGAAUACAUACCCCAGUGCGUGCUGGCUGCUAUUGUCAUUUCUGCUGUGAUAGGGCUGGUGGAUUAUGACGAGGCUGUUUUCUUGUGGCGUGUAGAUAAGAAGGAUUUUCUCCUCUGGAUGAUUACCUGCAUAACUACCUUGUUCCUUGGCAUUGAGAUUGGUGUCCUUGUGGGUGUUGGUGCUUCACUGGCUUUUGUCAUUCAUGAAUCAGCAAACCCACAUGUUGCUGUUUUGGGUCGUCUUCCUGGAACCACCGUCUAUAGAAACAUUGAACAGUAUCCAGAAGCAUAUACAUACAAUGGGAUAGUCAUUGUUCGUGUUGAUUCUCCUAUUUAUUUUGCAAAUAUAAGUUACAUAAAAGACAGGCUUCGUGAAUAUGAAUAUGAGAUUGAUGUUUCUACCAGCCGUGGACCUGAAGUUGAAAGAAUUUAUUUUGUGAUCAUUGAGAUGGCACCCGUUACGUAUAUAGACUCCAGUGCAGUCCAAGCUUUGAAAGACUUGUAUCAAGAAUACAAGUCGAGGAAUAUUCAGGUUGCCAUCUCCAACCCAAACCGGGACGUUUUGCUGACUCUCACAAGAUCUGGUCUUGUUGAUCUGAUUGGCAAAGAGUGGUAUUUUGUUAGAGUCCAUGAUGCGGUUCAAGUUUGCCUUCAGCAUGUGCAGAAUCUGAAUGGAGCUCAUAAGAAAUCAUCAGAAUCCUUGGUGGACGACAGACCAAGCUUUCUGAGAAGACUAAUGAAACAGAGAGCAGAAGAGUUCUCUAGCACUGAUCUGGAGACGGGUCAUAAAAGUACACUUGGUUCCAAAGAUUCAGACUCUCAAUUGGAACCACUUUUAUUCAGGAAGUGAUGAAGAAUUGAAGAUCCUAGGCUCUGCCAACUAGGCCAACCUUAUGCGGGCCAACCUAGGACAUGGACCUUCUCUACAUAACCAUUUGCCCAGUCCAGCAUCUUUUAUGAGAGCAGUCUGUUUCUGUGCCCUUCAUUUUUCCUUUUUUCCCGGGGAUAGAAGGGGAAUUGAAGUCUGCGGGUUCUGUAGCUAAUUGUUGUAUGUAUGUAUAUCCAUUCAUUCCCAGCAUGUCUGGCUUGAUUGAUUUAUUGUAAGUAGGUUUUUAGUUGUAAAAUACACUUAACAGAGUAUUCAAAUCGGAAAUCCAUUCCAUUCCCUUGUCAUUUCAGUCA